AGCGGCGGCCGGCUGGAUGUGGAGGAAGAGGAGCAGAAUGCAACAAACAUCGAGCAGGAGAUAAGGCACAGGCAUGUUCAGGCAAAUGGACCGUCAACAUCCGAGUAA